GGCGCUGACGUGGCCGGGCGGGCGGUGGCGGCUCCUCCCGGCGCGGGUAGCCACUCGUAGCUGCAAGAGAGGGGCGGGGUGGCCGGGGGGCGGGGNCCCCGGGCCAGCUCGCGGCCCGCCCCGCCGUCCCGGCCCCCCGGAUGAGGGUAUAUUCAGAGCGGGCGCGGGACGCCGAGGAGUGGCCGCGCGCAGGGAGCCGAAGCCGGGCGGAGUCGCCGUCGCGCCGAGGGAGGUUUACAGGUAGAGAGAUUACACCUUGAUCCUCACGAAGCUUGGCUACCAGAGCAUUAUGAAUGUUAACGAUCUCAAACUCAGGUUGUCCAAAGCUGGACAGGAACACCUGCUACAGUUCUGGAAUGAGCUGGAUGAAGCCCAGCAGGUGGAACUUUAUGCAGAGCUCCAGGCCAUGAACUUUGAGGAGCUGAACUUCUUUUUCCAGAAGGCCAUUGAAGAUUUUAACCAGUCCUCUCAGCAAGAGAAAAUGGAUUCACGAAUGGAGCCUGUCCCUCGAGAGGUGUUGGGCAGUGCCACCAGGGACCAGGAUCGGCUGCAGGCGUGGGAAAGUGAAGGACUUUUCCAGAUUUCUCAGAACAAAGUGGCGGUUCUUCUUCUAGCUGGCGGGCAGGGGACGAGACUUGGUGUUGCAUACCCCAAGGGGAUGUAUGAUGUUGGUUUGCCAUCUCGUAAGACGCUCUUUCAGAUUCAGGCAGAGCGUAUCCUGAAGCUUCAACAGUUAGCUGAAAAAUACCACGGCAACAAAUGCAUCAUUCCAUGGUAUAUAAUGACCAGUGGCAGAACAAUGGAGUCGACAAAGGAGUUCUUCACAAAGCACAAGUACUUUGGUUUAAAGAAAGAGAAUGUAAUCUUUUUUCAGCAGGGAAUGCUGCCUGCUAUGAGUUUUGAUGGGAAAAUUAUUUUGGAAGAGAAGAACAAGGUUUCCAUGGCUCCAGAUGGGAAUGGUGGUCUUUAUCGGGCUCUUGCAGCCCAGAAUAUUGUGGAGGACAUGGAGCAGAGAGGCAUCUGGAGCAUUCAUGUUUAUUGUGUUGACAACAUCCUAGUAAAAGUGGCAGACCCACGGUUCAUUGGAUUUUGCAUUCAGAAAGGAGCAGACUGCGGUGCGAAGGUGGUAGAGAAAACGAACCCUACAGAGCCAGUGGGAGUGGUUUGCCGAGUGGAUGGAGUCUACCAGGUGGUGGAAUACAGUGAGAUUUCCCUGGCAACAGCUCAGAAACGAAGCUCGGAUGGACGCCUGCUAUUCAACGCGGGGAACAUUGCCAACCAUUUCUUCACCGUACCAUUUCUGAGAGAUGUUGUCAAUAUUUAUGAACCUCAGUUGCAGCACCAUGUGGCUCAAAAGAAGAUUCCAUAUGUGGAUUCCCAGGGGCAGUUAAUUAAGCCAGACAAACCAAAUGGAAUAAAGAUGGAAAAAUUUGUCUUUGACAUCUUCCAGUUUGCAAAGAAGUUUGUGGUGUAUGAAGUGCUCCGAGAAGAUGAGUUUUCCCCACUGAAGAAUGCAGACAGUCAGAACGGGAAGGACAAUCCUACUACUGCAAGGCAUGCUUUGCUGUCCCUUCAUCACUGCUGGGUCCUCAAUGCAGGGGGCCACUUCAUAGAUGAAAAUGGCUCUCGCCUCCCAGCCAUUCCCCGCAGUGCUACAAAUGGAAAGUCAGAGACCAUCACAGCUGAUGUCAAUCUCAACUUGAAGGAUGCCAAUGAUGUACCAAUUCAGUGUGAAAUCUCUCCUCUUAUCUCCUAUGCUGGAGAAGGAAUAGAAAGUUAUGUGGCAGAUAAAGAAUUCCAUGCACCUUUAAUCAUUGAUGAGAAUGGAGUCCAUGAGCUGGUGAAGAAUGGUAUAUGAACCAGAAACCAAGCACCACACCCAGUUUUGCUGUUGUUGUCCAUUCCGUUUCUCAAAAAGACUUGUGAGGUUUGAGUUCUCCAUCAGAACAAACUCCGGAUGGAUCGUGAGGACAGAACCACAGGGUGGUAGCCCCUGAACGGUACGCUUCAUUUCCUUUUUUCUGGACCUUCACCUGCAGUUUCCCCUCUCCCCGUCUUUAAGCUCAUACCAACACCACGAAGGGGAGGACGGGCGGCAUGGGAUGGGGGUCGUGGCUUUGCUGGAGAGGAGCAGUGGCCCAGGCACACUGCGUCCAGUGAGGCUGGAGAGUCUGGGAGCCUUGGGGCCAUGAAAUUACGAGGUGGCAGCAUGAUGCACCUUCAGGAGUCCUUGUUAAAUAAUCGUUCUAAUUUGGAAAUACAGAAUUGGGUAAAGUGGUUAUAAAAUAUGAAUUAGAAUCAUUUGACAGCAGUGCAGUAGAAUUUACAUGAAAGUUAAUAAUAAUCUUUGAGUCUGGUCGAAAUCAUCCUUGCAAAUGUGUCAGGAGCUUUACUGAUAGUCACAAAUGAACGUAUAUUUGAUUUUUGUCCCCCAGUUUCCCUCUUGCUUCUUGAAAUUGAUCCAGUGUUGACAUCUAUAAAGGAAUUACUAGGGACACUUAUAGGAAGAUGAACAAAAAGAAUUUUACUUUCUAAUUUCUAGCCCUUCUCUCCCCCAAAAUUUGGGCCAUUAUUGGCAACAGUGUGGGUUCAUUGCUAACCCCAACUUACUAUUUGCGGUGUUUCCUCUUGAUGAUUCAUCAUGGUACGGUCAGAUCUCAGUUAUUCAGGUAAAAUGAGGCAAGGAAAAAUGCAUAAUCCAAGAGAGUGACUGAAACACAAGUCAUUCUGUUGGCUUGGAAGUCUGUUUUCCUACUGGCUGAGACUGAUGCUUUUGCAUUUCAUGGCCCUCUCAAGAGCUCCAGUUUAGGAAAGGCAUGUUGGGAAGUGAUGGGGUGAGUCAGCCAAUGAGGGCCGAGUGCUGAUCAGGUGCCCAGCCCUCUGGGCACACAGAGCCCUCUCCUUACACAGCUUGCAUUCUGGUUCAGGGGAUAAAAUGAACCCACUUAAACAAGGCAAAGAUAAUUUAGUACUAAAAUGUAAGGAAUCAAGUUCAGUGGAAGUUAAACAAAGGUUAUCAUUAUGAACUGGAGUUUGGUAAAGCAGAACUUCUCAACAAAGAACCCUGUCAUUUUGAGAGUAGAACUAAACUACUAUGCCUUUCUCAAAUUAGGGUCAGAGGUUUAUGUUCUAACAAAAAAAAAAAUACCUUAAUAAUUCUAACAUGUAUUAUGAAAAACCAGUGAGGUUUUGACUAAUCAGAACCAUGUUUUGCUCAUAGUAAGCUCUCAAAUAAUUUAACUCUGAUCUGUUGGAUUUAGUUGCCUUAAAAUCAUGUGUAUUAUGAUUCAGAUGCGGAUUAUUAAAGGGAAUUUGGUUAUUGUGGGGAGAAGGAGUUACUUAGCUGCAUCAAAUUUGCCAGGUGAUGCCCAGGUUGUGGGGUUAAUGAGCAGACCUGUAACAGUGAUUUUUCUGAGUGUGUUCCCCUGACCGGGUACAUCAGUGUCACCUGGAAUCUUGUUAGAAACGCACAUUCUCAGAAUCCUUGCAUCACACAUUUGUGGGUGAGGCCUAGAAACUUGUGUUCACAUGAACCUUCCAGGUGAUUCUGAUGCACAUCAAAGUUUGGGAACCACUGCUCUAAGAAGGCCAAUCAAAAGGUCAGGGAUGUUACAAAAAAAGAGAACAUACACUAGGGGGAAAAAAAGAGGCCAGUGUUCCUGAAGCCAGGAAUAGGGUAAGAUGGAACCAAAUAGGUAUGUCUUAUGUGAGCUUUACUCUUUGAAAUACCGAGGGAAUGGUACUGAUGUUAGCAAGAGGGAAUAUGGCACUGGCAAGACCUGACCAGGAUGGUUGGAAUUUCUGGGACAAUGGUUUCUAAACCCUUUGGAGUCUCUGGAUCACUUGGAGAGAUUAAAACAAACACACACUCCCGUUCUAGGGAUGGUGAUUCUCAGUCUGGUGAAAGCCCGAGUAGCUAAUUUUCUAAAAAGCACUAGAUGAUUCCAGAGGGCAGCUAGGAGUGAGAAUCAUGACGUGGUUUAGAAAUCAGCAGAGAUACCUGGGUGGCUCAGUUGGUUAAGCGGCUGCCUUCAGCUCAUGAUCCCGGGGUCCUGGGGUCAUGUCCUGCAUCAGGCUCCUUGCUUGGCAGGGAGUCUGCUUCCCCCUCUGCCUGCCACUCCCCCUGCUUGUGCUAUUUCUGACAAAGAAAUAAAUAAAAUCUUAAAAAGAUAAAUCAGUCAAGGACGAGGGGAAAAGGAGUUUGGAUGUAUUCUGGCUUUGAAAAAUCAGACAAGGGAGGCAAAGAGUGAAGAAUAUUUCACUUGAGAAGAAUAACACAGACAGGAAAGGCAGCUGGGGCCUGGGAACACACAUUCUGGGGAUGAUUCCAUUUUGCAAAGAGCUCAGACUGCUAGAAAGAACCCCCCUAAUUGGGCUCUUUCUAAAUUGUAUCCCCUCUGAUUCGUAGCAUUUCCUAAAGCUAGAGUGAGGGUGGUAGGGGAAAAGAGAAAGUUAAUGAAUAAUGUGGUUUAUAAAUAGGAGUUUCAGGCUGAAUGAGAAAUAAAAAGGAAAAAUGAUGUGGUAAGGUGAUGGCGUUAUGGCUGGGUUUUACAAAACUCUGUAUUUCAUAAAUUUUUGGAUGAUGCAUUCGUAGUAAUUUUAUGAUAAAAAGUUGUAUCUUUUGUAAAGGCUCAAAGGAUAAGUAAACCAAGGGUAGUCACGUUAACCAGUUAGGUGCAGCCUCGAGAGAACUUUCAGGUAAAGUUGGCUCUGGUGAGGUGGUGGAGGGAGGGGAACACAGAUGUACCUUCAGAUAACAGAAUGUGGACAGGGCACCAUUGGAGUGGCAGGCAACGUGGUCUUCGUACGCUGUUAUCUCAGACUGUGGCCGUUACUUGGCGUGUCCUCAGUAGUGACCUAUGAUCAUGUCUUCAUUUGGAGGGACGUACAAAGCAAAUAUACUGUAUGAAUUCUAGGUAAUGUGCUUUGAGAGAAAGCCUUUCUGCAGGAGGCUUAGCAGGAGUCCUCUGGUGGAAUAUAGGAAUUGAGGAUUACAUUACGCCCUCUUAAUGAUGAGAGGCCUAAGAGGCUUGCCAAAAGCUCAGUGAGUCAGUGGUGACACCAAAUAUGUUUAUAUAGACAGUGUUUUCAAAGUUCUGAACCAAGUUAGAAGGACAACGUAAGAACAGAAAGUCUAUUAUUAUAGUUUCGUGACUCACUGUUUCCACAUGAGCUCUCUUAUUUCUAUCUCAGUGAUUCUACUUCUCAGAAAGUGUUCCUUUUCAGAUUUUCUUCUAGUGGGCAAAGUUUUCUUUUGUGUUGUUUUGUUUUACAAAAUGAUGUUUGGAACUCAUAAUGUAUAUAUUUUAUACAGCAAAAUAUAAAGUAACAUAGGUAAUGUGUAGGAGAUUGAAAUGAGACUUGAUAAAUUUCCUUCUAAAGCUUAAAAUUUCUCCUAAUUUAUAUACUUCUAAAAGGUCUGAAAUGUGACAAAGAGAUUAAAUCUCAUGAACAUAACAUAGUGCGUAUCAAGUAAAGAUAGCUGUGGCCCUUAGCCAUGUGGCCCUUAGCCAUGUGCCAGGCGCUGUUUGAAGCACUUCAUCUACAUUGUCUCAUUUAAUCCUUAUUAACCUUCCUAUGAGGUAUGAACUGUUAUUGGCUGGUCUGUAAACUAGUAAGAAGCUGAACUGGAAAUGGAACCCAAAGUCUGAAUCCAGAGACCUAUUCUUUUUCAUUUUUUUAUUUAAAAAUUUCUCUUAAAAAUUCUGUUCUCUCUACACAGUAGUAGAGAACAGAAUAAUGACCUGUUCUAACAGUUAACAUCGUCUAAUCCUGUUUCAUAUACUUCUCACCUCCAAUGCCCCCAUGGAAUUACUUUAUAAUCAGUUCUGUGUGUUGGAUAUAAUACUGCAGUAUACAUCUAAGAUAGAAUCGUGAUGUGUGUGUGUGUGUUGUGUGUGCGUGUGUAUACACACAACUUAUAAAACCUUAAUAAUUAAUGAUUCUUUAAUAUCUGCCAUGCGCUGAAUGUUUGUGUCCUCCCCCCAUUCAUAUGUUGAACACUAACCCUCAGUGGGACAGUAUUAGGAGGUGGGGGGUCUUUGGGAGGUCAUGAAGGUGGAGUCCUCAUAAAUGGAAUCAGUGUCCUUAUAAAAGAGACCGCAGAGAGCUCCCUUAUUGCUUCCACCAUUUGAGGACACGGUGAGAUGAUGACCAUCCAUCUGUGAACCAGGAAGCAGACACUCACCAGACAUCAAGUCUCCAGUGCCAUGAUCUUGGACUUCCCAGCCGCCGGGACUGGGAGAAAUAAAGUUCUGUUUAGAAGUCACUCAGUCUGUGGUGUUUUUGUUAUAGCAGCCUGAAUAGACUAAGAUGUCAUCUAAUAAGAUCCAGCAAGUGUUCAGAUGUCCCCGAGUGUCAAAUUUCUUUUUAAUAUUGAUUCAUUUGAAUCAGGUUUUAAAGUCCACUUACUGCAUUGACUGUUGUGUCUGUUAAAUGUUUUUUAACCCGUGCCCGUCCUCCUUUUUUUUUUUUUUUUUAAUAUAUUUAAUUCUUUGGAAAAAACUGGUAAUUCUUCCAGUCUUAUUUUGUAGAUUUUGGAUUUCAUUUCCACGUUAACAGUUUCCUCCAUCUUCCAUAUUUCUUGAAAACUAGUUGUGUCUGAGGCUUGAUCAGAUUCAGGUUCAUUUUUUUCCACAUAAGAGACACUUUAUAGAAGGUUCUGGGUAUUUCCUAUUGAAUCUGACUAGAAGGCAUGUAAGUGUCUUUGUGGCAUGAAGAUUGAUUUUUUUUUUUAAGAUUUAAUUUACAGAGAGCAUGAGUAGGGGGAGGGGCAGGCUCCCGCUGAGCAGGGGGCCUGACACAG